UUCUUCAACAACAUCACUCCCAUUCUCUUCAUCUCAUCACUCAAAAAAAAAAAAAACUCCAAAACACAUCACUUUUUUUCAUCCUCCACCACCACAAUGCCAUCUCCGCCGCUGAGACUAGCGGCGCUCCUCCUAUGCUUGGCCGCCGCCGCCGCCGACAGCCCCUACAGAUUCUUUGAUUGGAACGUCACCUACGGCACCAUCUACCCUCUUGGAGUCCCUCAAAAGGGAAUUUUGAUAAAUGGGCAAUUUCCGGGGCCGGAAAUUUACUCCGUCACCAACGAUAACAUCAUUGUCAAUGUGUACAACAGCUUGGAUGAGCCUUUCCUCAUUCAUUGGAACGGAGUGCAGAACAGGAGGAACUCGUACGAGGACGGCGUGAUCGGGACGACAUGCCCGAUUCCGCCGGGGCAGAACUUCACAUACAUACUUCAAAUGAAGGAUCAAAUUGGGAGCUUCUUUUACUUCCCAUCAUUGGGAAUGCACAAGGCUGCUGGUGGAUUUGGAGGCAUUAGGAUCAUGAGUAGGCCUCUAAUUCCAGUCCCAUUUGAUCCACCAGCAGAUGAUUUCACCCUCUUAAUUGGAGAUUGGUACAAAAAUAAUCACACUGUGUUGAAGACGAUAUUGGACAGGGGCAAGAAGCUGCCUUUCCCCCACGGCGUCCUGAUCAACGGGCGCGGCCCUGGCGCCACCGCCUUCACGGUGGACCAAGGAAAGACGUACCGGCUGCGCAUAUGCAACGUGGGACUGCAGAACUCCCUCAACUUCCGGAUCCAAGGGCACAAGAUGAAGGUGGUGGAGAUCGAGGGAACGCACACGCUCCAGAUCAGCUACUCGUCUCUCGACGUCCACCUCGGCCAGUGCAUGUCCGUGCUCAUCACUGCGGACCAGCCCCCACAGAACUACUACGUGGUCGCCUCCACCCGCUUCACCUCCCAGGUCCUCAGCAACACCGCCUUCCUCAAAUACUCCAGCUCCAACACCCCGGCAUCCGGCCCACUCCCUGGUGGGCCCACCACUCAGAUCGACUGGUCCCUCAACCAGGCCCGUUCCUUUAGGACUAACCUGACGGCGAGUGGGCCAAGGCCGAACCCGCAGGGGUCGUACCACUACGGCAUGAUCAACACUACCAAGACCAUCAGGCUGGCCAGCUCGGCCAGCCAGGUGAACGGAAAACAGAGAUACGCCCUCAACAGCGUGGCCUUUAAGGCGCCCGACACGCCCAUGAAGCUUGCUGACUACUUCAAGAUAGACGGUGUGUUCCGCGUUGGGAGCAUCCCAGAGGCCCCCAAUGGCGCAGGGAUGUACGAGGACACAUCGGUGUUGGGAGCGGACUACAGGACCUUCAUCGAGAUUGUUUUCGAGAACUACGAAAACAUCGUGCAGAGCUACCAUCUGGCUGGCUACUCCUUCUGGGUAGUAGGAAUGGAUGGAGGGCAAUGGAGCUCAAAUAGCCGGAACCAGUACAACCUCCGGGACGCAGUCUCCCGUUGCACGGUGCAGGUGUACCCCAAGUCGUGGAGCGCGAUCUACAUAGCGCUAGACAACGUGGGGAUGUGGAACUUGAGGUCGGAGUUCUGGGCGAGGCAGUACCUGGGACAGCAGACGUAUCUGAGGGUUUACACGGCCUCAACCUCGUUGAGAGACGAGUAUCCGAUCCCCAAGAACGCGCUGCUCUGUGGCAGGGCCAAGGGAAGGCACACCCGCCCCAUAUGAUUCGAGUAACGCAAAACACAUUUCAUUACGGCGUUGAUGGUUUGCAGAUCUAGGUUUCUUAAGAGUCAGCUACCACUCUUUUUUUUUUCCAAUUCAGUUAAUGUCCUUAGCUCAAGGUCAGGUCACCAUUCUUUUUACUUUACAACUACUGGGAUAUUGUAUCUUUCUUCUUAUCAAGUUAUAUAGUAUAAUUUAAUAAAUUUCAUUGUUUCAACCAA